GUUUAUUCCACAAUAUAUUGGGCGGGAAAAGAAAGUGAAUGAAAGUAUAAGAAAACCCCAAACGCGCCUUUUUCUGUCGUUUCGUUCUAUUCCGAUUCCGAUGUCGAACACUGAAACCCUAUCCCUAAUUCACGAAAUCGAAUCUCUCGUCUCAGAUCAACUUCAAGUGGUUUCAUAUAAAUGGCUAAGUCGCAGUUAUCAGAUAUCAUCAAAUGAAGCAAAAAGGUUGCUUCGGGAGUUUGUUGAAAAACAUGAGGAUGGGUUGGAAGUGGUGUAUGCUUUGUCUGGUUGGUUAAAGAGUAGUAUUCCUAGCUACCAUGUAAGGCUUGUUACUGGGACAAUGCUUGCAGAAGCACAGGAAGAGUUUGAUGGGAAAUGCUCAGUCCAGGUAUAUAGUGUGCAAGCUAGUAUUCCAAAGGAUGCAGCUGUGCUUUGGAAUGCAGAAUUCAUUCAAGCAGAAGAGCUCUUCAAGCAGCUUUCCAAAGUUGAUAAUUGCUUGGGAGACAAUAGGUUCUGUGGGAUCUCUAAUUCUUUUGUACAAAGGGUAAAAAGGAACGUGGAUGGACAACCGGCAGUUUCUGCCACUCCAGAAGUAAAAUCUGUAGUAGGCUUGGGACCAACAAAGAGUAAUGUUGUUCACCAACCUCCUAAAAACAUAGCACACAAUUCUAUUGCUAAAGUUGAUCUCAAAACACAGAAUGUGGUGAAAGAUGUCAAGAGUGAAAGCAAUGGUACAGGAAAUGCAGGAGUUCAUGAUAACAUCAAUAAACCUAUUGCAGAGAAAGAAAAGUCUCUUCCCUUGCCCGCAGGCAAAAAGAAAGGACAAGCUGAUAAAAGUGGCUCUGUUAAUGGAGGUUCAUUGGCAAGCUUCUGGGGUCGUCCAUCUGCAAAACCCAAGCCUUGCGCUGUGCCAGAGGAAAAUAGUAACAUGAUUUCAAAACCUGCAGAAGUUGUUGAAAAUGGCCAAACUUGUGCUCAUGAAGCAGUACUGGGUGACAGUGAUGACGAUGAUAAUCAAAGUGUCGCCUUAAGAAGAUCAUCCAACAGGAAAAGGAAGGUUGUCUUUGAUUUCUCAGAUGAAGAUGAAGAUGUCAUCAGUUUAGCAUCACCUGAGGUCCCUAGUAAACUGUCAUCUAAAGAUUCCAAACAAAAUGACAAAAAGUCAUUAGAGAAAGUUGCUUUGAAUUUUGAUUUACCGGUAGAAAUUAAACCAUUGGUUAAGGAAGAAAGAGUAACUGAGAAAAAAGUUUUCCAACCACCAAAAGAUUUAUCAGUUAUCAGCAAGUGCACAAGUACUGGGAAAUCAUCUACUGAGAAGUUGCAGAGCAGUGCUCCAGAAAUUUGUGUAAAUAAGGAUAGUGCAAAAAAGGUCUCUCCAGGUUCACCUAAGAGGAGAAAAGUGAUGAAGACCAGGAUUGAUGAACGAGGAAGAGAAGUAACUGAAGUAGUCUGGGAGGGGGAGGAGACAGAGCCAAAGAAAGAUGAUAAGGAUACAACUAAGAAAGCUGAUACGGUUGCGAAGAAAGCGGACAAUAUAUCUACCAAAGCUGUUAACGGCGCACCGGCAACUAAGAAGCCACCAGCUACAUCAAAUACUACUGGAAGAGGAGGAAGCAAGAAAGCAGGAAACAUAAAGGAUCCCAAACAGGGCAAUAUUCUUUCAUUUUUCAAAAAGAAAGUAUGAAGGCAUCUUCCCCAAGAAUUACGAUAUUCAAGAGACGAUCCUUCUAGUAGGAUAAUUCAUCAAUGUUACUUCGUUUGUGAUUGUGAGGAUUUUGCGUUAUGUAGAUCUAGUUCUAUUUUAGUUUGGAUGUUACCUUGUAAUCUGUAUUCUGAAUAGCUGAAAUACCUUAAAUGUGUUGUGUAUUUCCCUUUUCUUGUUAUGUACAAUGAGUUGUGGUGUGAUGGUAGUAAAAGUCUA